GUCUCUAGUCGUAGCCUUGGUCAGAGCUAUUUUCUUUCAUGGUCACGAUCUCCAUUUGCUCACAGGACUAAAGGAAAAUAAUGUUUCUCCGUUACGCGUUUGUAGUUUUUUCUGUGCUGAACUUCCUGCACAACUUCCAUGUGUGCUGCGAUGCAAACUGUGCAGAAAAACCUGUUUUCACUCCGUCCAGACUGGUAGUGAAGUAUGGUGACCCAGCCUCUGCCACCUGCCUUGUUUGUCAGCAUAAUUGCACAAAUGAUUCAUUUGGUCUGGAGCAUGCUGUGGGGGUCAAGGAAGAAAAUGGAACCACGAUUUCAUGGAAAGUUGACAACCUGACUGAAUGGAAUACAUCUCCACAGUGCUACUAUACUGAUGAUGAUGAUAACCAGUGUGUUACCAGCCUGCCUAUAACCGUCUAUCAGCCUCCAAAAAAUGUCUAUCUCAGCUUCCUAAAUCACUCUGGGCCGAUGUUUGCAGGCCAUCAGUACACUCUGCAGUGUACAGUCCAGGAAGUUGCUCCUAUUAGUAACCUCAAUGUGACCUUCUACAGAGGACAGACAGAACUACAGAGACGACAGUCCAACAGCACAACAAAGGAGCCAGUGACUGAGACCUUCACUCUUGACAUCAACCCUAGUAAAGAUGAUGGAGGCCUGUACUGGUGUGAAGCCGAGCUAGAGCUGGGAGCUGAAGGACCACAGCCUCCUCCUGUGGUGAUGUCACGAAACAUCAUCGCCACUGUUCACUACAAGCCUCAGGUGAAGGAGAGUCCCGAUCCAGAACGGCUCAACGUGACAAUAGGAGACCCUCUGCAUCUGAACUGCUCUAGUGAAGGAAACCCCAGCCCCUCCUACACCUGGACGCUCCCGUCAACCAGUCGCCCCCCCUUCAGUGACAGCACUCUCAGUAUCGAGGCUGUAACUUCUACAGAUGGAGGACAGUACAUCUGUUUGGUCAGCAACUCUGUGGGGAAUGUGACUAAAGAGUUUACUGUGGAUGUCAACGAGAGCAGCAUCUACAUUAUUAUUAUUGUGGUGGUAGCAGUCAUCGUUCUGGCUGUCCUUGUCUUCGGCGUUGUGUGGCAUCUGUACAAAACCAACCGAGUGGGACAGUACAACCUGAAGGAUGUCUUCCAUCUUGGCCAACGCCAUCAACACGUUGCUGUGCCUGUUGGAGAGUAAAUUUGUUGGUGAGGCCUCACAUGUGUAUGGACUUCCUGAACCUGUUGCUAUGUCAUGCUACGGUUAUGCUAAUGAACUGCAGUUAGCUGUAAACCACAGAUGUACAUGGCCUAACACCAACUGCUGUAGAAAGCCCCUGGAGUCCCUCUAUAUGAGGAGUAACACACAUGCUGUGAAUACGCUUAAAAUUAGGUUUAAAUCGUCAUAUCGAAGUGUUGCUUUGUUUAUGGAGUUAUAUUUUUUUUAACGUAUAUUAUUCACCAUGUAUAGUGUUAAAGGUCCAACUCUUCCGUUAACAUUGAUAAAAAAUGUAAUAUAUUGUCACUAUAUUUGUCACAUUUAAUUUUAUGAAGUUAGAGGUAAGAUUGUUACUAUUGUUUUUCUAUAUGUGCUGUCCGACGUCCCCACCCUGUCUGUGACUCUCAGCCCCAAGUCCAUUCAUUUCUACUGAAGACAAAAAACUUUUAAAAACUGGUCACAUAUAUAUAAAUAUAUAUAAAUAUGCUAAAUAAAGGUGCUCAGUAAUUUUCUACAGCAGCAGGUCACUGUAGUUUUAAGCAAACGUUACUCAAACAAGGGUAAAAUGUGAAUUUAUUGGGGACGAUUUUCAUGCACGGAUUAAUACACAUUUGAUGCACUAGUGUAUGUCCGGCAGCAGGACAGUGUACGUGGGAUUGACUCAAAAUAAACAACAGUGCUUGAACAUUUAUCACACUUGAUUCUCACUGAUUGGUUUUUAAGUAGUUUUUGGAAAACAAUGGAGGUCUGUGGAGGAAGAAGCUUUUUGGCUUACCGCUUGCCUUAUCCUUUAGCAACCACGAGUCUGGUACAUACAGAAAGGAAGCUUUACAAAAAAACUAAGAAAAAACACACAGGGACAUAUUUUAUAUGACAUAAUAUUGAAUGUUUCAAAUGAGCUGUACGACUAGUCUGUAAUUUUAUGAUAUUAUUUUUGUAAGAUAAAUCAUAGGAGAACUUGUGUGUAGCUUAUAAUUAAAUAGGAAAAUUUGAGAAACUGGAUCCAAUUUUCUGUUUUGCCAUUUUCUUAGAGAAAUACAAAAUGAAUACACAUAAUACACAACAUUAAUAUGUGCUGCUUAUUCAGCCACAUGGGGCCUAAGUGUUUCUGUAGUUGAGUUUAUCGUGCUAUUUUACAGUUUCUCUCUAUUUAAUUUUGCUUGUGUCGCUGCAAAUAACUUCUUUUUUUUUUAGAAAGUUUGGUUAUGAAUAUAUAAGUAUCAUAUGAAAAUUCUCACAUUUCAGUCAAUGGCUGCGUGUUAAACCACUGAAAGCACAGGGCUGAACUCUCACCAACCUACAGCUACUAAUGGAGCAACAGUCACCUCAUGUGCAUGUAUUCUGUGUAUUUGUGUGUGUGUGUGUGUGUAUUUUGGUUCUACUGUGGCUGACAGAGGUAUGCAUACAAGCAGAGACUUCAUUGUAAUAAUAAGCAUACAGAAAGCACAAUAAGCUUUGUACAGCAUUGUCAUCUUUGUUAUUUUUAAAGUGAAUGAGAAGAGAUAAACUAACAAAUGAAAGGUGGCACUUUGUACAUAACACUCACAUAUAUCCUCAUUGUCUUUUUUAUAUUUGUAUGUUCAAGUUGUUGGCAUGAUAAAUAGUAGACCAGUAAAUGUUAAAACAGCAACAUGUGUAAAAAAUACUGCAUUAUCUUCUUUAUCUCUUUCUAAACAUGUUAACCACUUCUUGUUUGUAUGUAUGAAAGAUCGUCAGACAUGCUCACUGCGUUUUACUGUGUGACAAAGUGGAACGUACACCGAACUGCAAAAGCAAGAUGGCCAAGAAAUUAUAGAUUUCCUGUUUAUACAAUUCAAACUCUUGAGGCAUUUGGAUAUCUGAGGCUUUUAAAGGAAAGUCCAGUGCAGAGAUUUUGUUCAGAUUGGAAUGUGUAAAUAUAUCCCAAAAAUGUUUCACUCCUACCUUUUUCCUCCCCUCCUUACUGUUUCUCCUGUUGGUACUUGGAGGAGAUGAGGGGUGGAAAGACGUGGACAGGAGAAACUUUAUUUUUUAACUCCAAACAGUCAUCAAUAAUAGAUAAACAACUGAUGAAGUAGCCCAGCCAUACCUAAUGAAACCUGCAUUGUUAUACAACUUCUGUUCAUUUAAAACACAGUCGGUCUACUGUCUGUCUUAGCAUGUCAUGCCUUGUGCAUAACAACCCUGAAACUGAGAGGGAAUGAUUAAAGCUUUU